GGGUGUCACCGCCUCUCGUUGGAAAUACGUUGAUCGACUGAGAAAGUCAUUGUUUUUGGCAAAGUCGGUGAACUUUAGCGUCAACUUUCUUUCUUAAUAAAUGUAUUGUAUGCCUGAUGCAGGGGGGAAAUGUUCGUAGUGGUGCGGUAAAGCCAAAGAGGAAUUGGCAGCCACCACUCCUCGAAACGACAAAGUGGACUACAGAAACGCUGUGUCGCCACUCUUAACAUGUUAAAUGAGCGGUAACACAUUAUGGCUUUUGAGCGGGACGCAUUUGCCAUCUCUUUGCCAAUGGCCGGGAUAGUGAUUGCGGUGACCGCAAGUUUCAUCAAUGGGUCGACGUUUGUGCUUCAGAAAAAGGGGAUAUUGCGUGCCCGCGAUAGAGAUGGGUCUUAUCUGAAAGAUGUCGUGUGGUGGAGUGGCACACUCUCCAUGAUAGUGGGCCAAAUUGGGAACUUCCUGGCAUAUAACAUGGCCCCUGCUGUGAUAGUUACACCCUUGGGAGCCCUUGGAGUGUUGUUUGGUGCUGUGCUGGCUUCAUGGAUCCUUAAAGAGCAUUUGAAUAUCCUGGGAAAGCUGGGAUACCUGUUAUGUUGCUGUGGCUCUGUUGUGCUUAUUAUUCACGCCCCAAAGACAGAAACUGUAACAUCAGCACCAGAGUUUGAAGAGAGGCUAACAGACCCAGUGCUUUUAACAUAUGCCUUAUUGGUGCUCCUGCUCCUGAUUGUGCUGAUUGUGUGGCUUGCUCCUGCUCAUGGCACUUCAAAUAUCAUGGUAUAUGUGGCCAUAUGUUCCCUCCUGGGAAGCUUCACAGUUCCAAGUAGCAAGGGGCUUGGCCUGGUUGCACAGGAUGUUUUUGGUGGGGGGUCAUCGAGUGACGGAACCCUGGUUCUCUUUCUGGGUUUACUAGGAACACUGACAUUUAGCAUCCUUAUACAGUUCAUGUUCAUUAACAAGGCAUUAGAGUGCUUCAGCUCCAACAUGUUUGAAGCCAUAUACUAUGUGACAUUCACAUCCACAGUGAUUCUUGCUUCUGCUGUUCUCUUCAAAGAAUGGACUGCGCUGACUAUAAUUGACAGCCUUGCCAUGCUAUGUGGUCUGACAACAGUUUUUGUUGGAGUUGGUUUACUCCAUAUAUCCCACGAGGCCUUACUCACUUGGAAACAAGAGGAGGCACGAGUCAAGAUCGACUGAGAUUCCAAGUUUGUGCCUUAACACAUUUGGUCAUUACCAUGGUGCCUGUGUAGCAUUUGUGAUGUACUAAUUCUGCUUUGGAUGAUAAUGAUUUGUAACUUCUUCAGCUUAGAAUUAACAAUUGGAAUGUUAAUGCAAUUUAUUGUGAAACAGUUGUCACCUUAGUAUGACCCACAAAAAUCACUAAAAUAAAAAUGAA